GUCGCCAGGGUAAGCUCCCGCGCGCAGCAAGGUUGGUACCUGCGGAGCGAGCGGACUUGCCUCAGUCGCCGAGAGUGCACUCACUGCACACAGCACCUUUGUGCUCCCCAACUUCACACUCCUAUUGUGCUGCAUCGCUUUUAAGAGAUGUCGACUACGCAGGUGUUGAUUAGUGGCCCUCCCAUGGAGCUCGGUCGCCUACAGAGUCAGGUGCCUGAAGGGGAUUUCGGAGCUGAGUUGCCCCUGGAGACUCGUAGACUGGCUCGCCAGCAGCUCAGGGAGGAUGAGCACUCCCGCCAGCAGGCCCUGCAGCAGUUCCGAGACUGGGCCUCCAAGAGCGAGGAGGUGCAGAAUUGCCGGCUUGACGCCAAUUUCAUGCUGCGGUUUCUUCGAGUGAAAAAGUUCAGCGUUCCGAUGGCUCAACAAACUUUGCUCAAGUACCUCAGCCUGCGACAGACACUGCCGCAUCUGUGCAAGAGACUCGAUUAUUUGGAGCCAUCUGUAAAUGAAUUGAUGUCUGCUGGCUACAUAUUUCCUCUGCUUGAGCGCGACAGCGAAGGGCGGAAGGUUAUUUUUUACGCCGCAAGCAAGCUAGACCCGUACAAGUUUACCUGUGCCGACAUGACCAAGGCGCACAUCAUGACCUACGAAGCGCUGUUGGAGGACGAGACAAACCAGGUGCACGGCUUCUGCCACGUGAGCGACCUUGCCGGCAUUGCUGCCGCUCAUGUCACCCUGUGGUCACCCUCCGAGUUUACGACCGCCGUCAAAUGGGGCGAGCAAUCAAUUCCGAUGCGACACAAAGAAAUGCACUUCCUCAAUCUGCCCGCCCCUGUCAGACUUGUCUAUGAUCUUGCUAGGUCAACCUUCAGCGAAAAAAUCAGGAAGCGUUUUAAGGUUCACUCAAACUUGAAGGAGCUCCAUAGCAAGGUGGACGCAAAGAUCCUGCCGAAGGAGUACGGCGGCAAGGUGCCAAUGCAGGAGAUGAUUGAUGCGUGGAUGCGCGAGCUGAAGGGGAAGCGCGAGCGACUGAUGGCGCUGGACAAGAUGUCCCUGACGUGCGUCUACAAGCCGCAGAGAAAUCGCAAAUCUGGCGACUCCUCGCUCAAAUCCAGCAUCAACAGCUUGCCGGGCAGCUUCAGACGCCUCGAGGUGGAUUAGCCCCUUCGCUUUCCGCCGCCGUCAUUCACCCCCAUGUCACUUAAAUCUUAUAUAUGUACGCGUAUAUGUAUAUGGUAUUCACCCUCCGAGAGGGAAAGCUUGUUGCUUACACGCACGCGGCACUGAAAUCCAGCCUGUUCGCGAAAUCAGAACAAAAAUUGUGAUUUGCAUAAUUUUAGGAUCAAGCAGAGUUUGCUGUUAUUUGGUCUUAUUUACAAAUUUUAUUGCCAUUUAGCUUUUGCGAGUACGCUUUUGUGGCACCGAUUUUAACUGCACUAAUUAUAUCACGUUACUAAAUACUCAAAUACUACUCACGUGAGUUUUGCUGUUGUACAGAUCUUCAAAAAAUCUCAAGGGAAUUGAAUUUGCUCUUCUUCGCACUUCUGAUAUGUAUGUGUUGAUAUAUUCCGUUAAUAUUUACUUUUGCACCUUUUAGGCCACAGGAGGAAAAUUCAACCUCAACACUUUUGUACCUCAAUGCUUAAAGAGAAGAUUGUAAAUAGUUUAUUAUAUGUAUGAUAUUAAAUGGUUAGUUUUCAAAA